AUGGCAAGAUUUCAUUUACCAGGAGAUCCCUACUUUCCGAACCAAGAAAACGGUGGUUGGAUAGAAUCAGAACCGGAAGAGGAUCCCAAGGAAGUAUUCGAGGAGGAACCCGAGGAAGACCCCAAAGAGGCCGAAGAAGAAGAAGAACCUGAAGAGGAAGAAGAAAUUGACGAAGAAGAACUCGAAAAAGAAUUGGAGGAAGAAGAAGAAGAGGAGGAGCCGAAGGAGGAACUAGAAAUCAUCAACUCUCCUUACAUCGCCAGGGUGCCUACGAACCGUUUUGGCUACAACAAGCCUGAGCCCCAUUGGGAAACAAUGAUCGAGAGGUGGAGCCAUCAACAAUGA